UCCGAAGCCGGGCGGGUGCGCGUGCCGCUGGGGGCACUAUUUUCUGUUUGUGUUCCUAUUUCUGUGCCGGAGGAACAAACAGGGAAGUGGUUUUCUGCAGUCUCAUUGCAGCUCACAAACACAGCGCAUAUCUCAGCCGCUGUUGCUCAACUGUCACCGAGCGGAGGUCGCGGUGCGGGGAGCGCGGCACAUCCCCGAGCGCUGCCGCGAUUCGGUGGCCGAGCCCGGCUUCUCCUGCCGUUUGUGCGGAUUUCUGUGCUAUAUUCCCUGUAGAAGCAGUUAACCUGCGCGGAUUUCUCUUGUCCCACUUCAGAACCGCUCCCCCAGUGACCCAAAGGGCCGCCGCACGCGGUGCCACCGGGAAUCCCCUGAACGCACGUGUGAUGCGCAGAGCGAGGAGCUCGCAGGGAGCUGGGAAACCUCUGUGGUUCCCCUGAGCGAAGGGGCUGGCACAGGGCGAGGAGCCGGCCUGAGCCCUUUCUAGGCUACACGGGACCUGGGGACCGGCAGCUCAGGGUUUGGGCAGGUGCUUCUGAGUCUGCCUCCACUUCUCCGCUCCUCUGCUUCUUCCCGUGGGCAGGGCAAAACCGCAUCCCCUCGUCUCACAGUGGCGAUGGGGAUGCUUCGCACCGGGGCUUCCUCCGGCAGGGGGAUGCUCGAGGCAGCGGCACGGGAUAUGGCAGCAUCCCCAUCCGCCGCCCACCCCCACUCUGCUGCCCAUCCCGCGGCUGUUUCGCCCCGGGUCCUGGCGAUUUGAAUUUGUUUAGGCUGAUGGCUGCCCAUCGCGUUCCUCGGUUUUGCAUUUAUUUGCCUUUUUCAGCUGGAACAAAGGCGAUGCUGAGCAUGUGUUAGUUCGCAGUCAGUCCGGUUUUCGCGUUUCCAGGCACUGGCUCAGUCCAGUCGAGUUGCAGACACUUCAGGGGGAUGUUCAUUUGUUUAUAAAAGAAACCCACAUCUGUUUCUAUUUGAAUCUUAAGCGAGCAUACAUAGAAACCUUUCUCCUGGUUUCUGGCUCUGUCAAAGCCAGAUUUUGGGCCAAGUUUGACCUAAGAGCGACCUUUUCAAAGUAUUACAAAUUUUUUUGGUAUUUGUUUAUGACUUUAAUAAUGAUGCCAUGUGGGGAACGGGUCAGUUAAAGGUGAAAUUAGCUCCUAAUGUAAACGGAGGAUUAAUUUUGGAGCAACGCGCUGCGUUUUGUGGAGGUUUUGAAUGGCUCUGUAACACACCGGCUGAGCCGAGCCCGGAGUUGAAGGCUGGUGCGGGGCAGGAAUGGGCAGAGAGAGCUCCGGGGGUGCGGGGAUGUGGGCAGCAGGGAUGGAGGGAUGCCAGCAGGGUGCCCAGCCACCAUCAGACUUUAUAGCCCUGAGCUCCAGAUGGGGAAAUUGCCCAAUUACCCUUUUUCUACGGUAAAUUCCUCUGUUGAGUACCGCGUUGUUUACUGCUGUUAGGAGGGCUCUGGAAGAUGAGUCCUUCAGGAAGCUGUGUCCUGGAAGUUACUUUCUGAAAGGUCUGCCCGAGCUUUGUGUUUCAGCCCGUGUUUCCCUUCCUGCAGGCGGUUGGUGAUGCUUUGUGCUGUUCCCUGCCCGGGCUGGGGCUGCAUUUCAGUGCUGCUGUGUUCAGAGAGGUCUAUACUUUACUCUGUCAGGGGUUUCAUUCAGAGCAAUUGAAAUGCAGUUCAGUUCAGAGGACGGUCUCUUGGUUCCUGUCACACCGGGGACAAACAAAAAUAAUUUGUUGAAAUGGAGCCACAGUUUAACCUGUGGUGUUGAGUUACUUCUGUAUGUGAGUACAAACUCGUCCCACAAAUACCCCAUAGCUACAAGCAGCCCCCAGCCCUGACCCCCCCUGUGCUGGGCACUGGAGAUGCACCUUUCCCAUGGUAGGACAGUGAUGCCAGUUGUGCUGUCUUGCUACAAAGCCAAAGAUAGGAGAGCUGGAAAUGCCUUUGGGCCCCAGUAGCAUUCCUUUGCUCCAGUUCAGGUGGUUCUUUUCCCUGUUGGUGUUGGUUUAUGGGGUGUCAGUGUUGGGCGGCUCCGUGGAUCAGUAAGCACAGCUCCAUCUCUAUGCUCCAAGAGCCAGCCAGUGGGAGCCACGCAUUCAGAUGGAAGAAAAACGACGGAAGUACUCCAUCAGCAGUGAUAACUCAGACACCACUGACAGUCACACCACGUCCGCGUCCAGAUGCUCCAAAAUCCCCAACACCAAAUCCAGCUGGUCCCGGCAGAAGGAGAAGAAGCCCUCUGAGGUUUUCCGCACGGACCUGAUAACUGCCAUGAAGUUACAUGACUCCUUCCAGCUGAACCCUGAUGAAUACUAUGUGCUGGCAGACCCCUGGAGGCAGGAGUGGGAGAAGGGUGUGCAGGUCCCGGCCAGUGCCGAGGCCAUCCCUCAGCCUGUGAUCAGGAUCAUACCCCAGCUGGAGAACCUGCCUUCCCCGGUGUCCCCCAGCAGCCUGCCAGGCUCUGAGAUUUCGGAAGCCACAAGGACGUACCUGCAGGGUGUGAGCCGCUACGACCUGGACGAGCUGGAUGCCUGCUGGUUGGAGCUUGUGAACAUGGAGCUCAAGGAGAUGGAAAAGCCCGAGCUGGAUGAGAUCACCCUGGAGAGAGUGCUGGAGGAGCUGGAGACAAUGUGCUACGAGAACAUGAACAUUGCCAUUGAAACAGAGGAGGGCCUGGGCAUCGAGUACGACGAGGACGUGGUGUGUGACGUCUGCCGCUCGCCAGAGGGGGAGGAUGGCAACGAGAUGGUGUUCUGUGACAAGUGCAAUGUCUGCGUGCACCAGGCAUGCUAUGGCAUCCUGAAGGUCCCCAUUGGCAGCUGGCUGUGCCGGACCUGCGCCCUCGGCGUCCAGCCCAAGUGUUUGCUGUGCCCAAAGAGAGGGGGAGCACUGAAGCCCACUCGGAGCGGGACAAAAUGGGUCCACGUUAGCUGUGCCUUAUGGAUACCUGAAGUUAGCAUUGGAUGUCCUGAAAAAAUGGAACCCAUUACAAAGAUCUCACAUAUCCCAGCGAGCAGAUGGGCUUUGUCCUGCAGCCUCUGCAAGGAGUGCACUGGAACCUGCAUUCAGUGCUCCAUGCCCGCCUGUGUCACCGCGUUCCACGUCACCUGCGCCUUUGACCACAACCUCGACAUGCGGACUAUUUUAGCAGACAACGAUGAAGUGAAGUUUAAGUCCUUCUGCCUGGAGCACAGCACCGGUGCCACCAAACUACCCGAGGAGGCACGGACAGAACCUGACCAAGCCCAGCUGGACCUGGAGAAGGUGACGCUGCGGAAACAAAAGCUCCAGCAGCUGGAGGAGGACUUCUAUGAACUCGUGAAGCCUUCCGAGGUGGCAGAAAACCUCGAUUUAAGUGAGUCGCUGGUGGAUUUUGUCUAUCAGUACUGGAAGCUGAAGAGGAAAGCAAACUCCAACAAACCGCUGCUGACACCAAAAACGGAUGAAGUGGACAACUUGGCUCAGCAGGAGCAGGAUGUUCUCUACCGGCGCUUGAAGCUUUUCACACACCUCAGGCAAGACCUGGAGAGGGUUAGAAAUCUCUGUUACAUGGUGACGAGGCGGGAGAAAAUGAAACACACCAUUUGCAAACUCCAGGAGCAGAUCUUCCACCUGCAGAUGAUACUCAUUGAGAAAGAUCUUUACCCAGAACAAACUGGGAAGAAGACAAAGGGUAAGAAAAGUGAUCCAAGAAGGAAAGGAAGAGAUGGUAGAAAAAAUAGCCCUGAGAAGAAAGAAAAAAGGAAAUCAGUCAACGAAACUGUGUUGGGACAACUGGGCUUGUCGACUUCCUUCCCCAUCGACGGGACCUUCUUCAACAGCUGGCUGGCGCAGUCGGUGCAGAUCACGGCCGAGAACAUGGCCAUGAGCGAGUGGUCCCUGAACAACGCACACCACGAGGACAGCACGCCCGGCCUGUCCGAGGAGCUGCUCCAGGACGAGGAGACGCUGCUCAGCUUCAUGAUGGACCACUCCCUGAGGUCCCCCUUCAAACAGAGCGAGGCUGCCAAGAAAGUGAAAAGCAAAACGAGAACGAACACUAAGAAAAAGCUGUCCCGGAGCAGCCUGAAUGCUGUCUUCAGGAGCCAGCAGGAGGGCUCGGAGCAGUGGACUAACCACACCAGCGACCUGUCAGACGAUGCUGCCAAGCCCUGUGCCCAGGAAUCGCGGCCCAGCAGGUCAGAGAAAGGGGCGGCGAGGCCCACGGACCGCAGGGGAUCGGGUGAGGCAAAAAGGGUGGCAAGGAAGGGGCCUGGCCCCAAAGGCAGCGACCCGCCGGCCCCGAGGAGCUGUGCUGGAGAGGAGGCGGUGGUGGCGGCCAACGGCACUCGGCCCGAGCCCAACCCCACGGCUCAAGUGCCUGAUCCUGUAGGUAGCCCCAAAACCAUCGUGAGGUUCAAAUUACCAAAGGAGAGCCGAGGGACUCGGCGCUCGCAGCCUCCCAAGACCGACGGCCCCGGAGGGCCCAACCUGCACCGCUUUGAGGCCGAGACGGACGGAUACUUCUCUGACGCUGAGAUGAGCGACUCGGACGGGGAGCAGCGGGGCGGCCGGGCGCAGCGGGGCCAGUUGGAGCCGGGCGGAGAGGAGAUUGUGCGGAUGAGCAUCCUGGCUUCCUAACGGCACGUGGCCACCCCACUCCUCCCAUCACAACUGCCAUGUCCGAUUUCUGCCUAGUAUCACAGCGAGAGGGGGAUUUUUAAUCUGUAUAUAUAGUUGGAAAUUCGGCACCGUUGUCUUUCUCUUCUCUUUUUGCCUGAGAUACAGCUUCAGCUUCACCGACGUAGAUUGCCGUGACAGUAGUUGUCCCCUCCGGCCGGCCUGCUCCCUGCAGGGCUGGCUGCGCAAUGGGCAUUAUUCCAGAGGGGCAGAUCUCCCUCCUUGGGCUGUAUCGGGGUAAGGGCAGGGGCCGGGAGCUGAGCAGGGAAGCCAGCCAUGGGCGCGUGCAUUGACAAGGGAGGAAAGUACAUGAUGCUAAAAUAAAUAACGACAAAAGCACAACGAGUUUGGUGGGGGGGAGCGCUUGGGGCGGGAGAGAGCCACUUUGUGUUCGUGUUUGUAGAAGAACCUCCAUCAUUGCUUUUUUCCCUUCUGAUCAGAAACCAUCCUGGGUUAUCCCUGUCCCCAAGGCGGCACCUCGGCUGCGGCCCUCAGAAGCAGUUUGCUCAGGUUCAUGGGUUAGCACCCAGCAAGCUGGGAUGGAGGCAUAGGGAAGGACAGGGAGGGAAAAACCCUUUAGGAGCAAUGGGGGAAUGGGCAGCCCCACACCCAGCUGAGCCCCCCUGCACAGCAGUGUGCUCAGCCCCAGGCACUGCACUGGGGGGAUAAGGAGCACACUCUGCCCUCUGAUUUUCCAAUGCAACGCUACAUUGGAAACGGUGAAUUUAUUCCUCCCCAUCCUUGAUCCUUUUUUGUUGUUGUUUUUCUUUUAAUUCCUUAAAUCAUGGUUAUGAGCUGUUGACUCCUUGUGUGGAGGGUGAUUCACAGAAGCUGACGUUAUCAACCAUGACAAUAAUGUAAUGCAUAAAACGUCCCCCAAUAAGCCUUAAAUGUUGUUCAAAGCCCACGUUACCGACGAGGCAGGCGAAUUUCCGUGUUUGCACUUAAUUGCACCAUUACUUCAGUUUUGGCUUCAAAGGUCACAGUGAAGUCGCGUUACGUUGUUUUAUUGGAGUGACCCCAGUGUGAGCUCAGGGAACAAAAAGACAAAAAAAAAAAAAAAAAAAAAAAAAAAAAAGGAAUUCACUGAAACUUUUGUUGUUGUUUUUUUAAGAAUAAUUUAAAAAAAAAAUGUUUAAAAAAGAAAAAAAAAAGAAAGAAACAAAAUAACCUGGGACACUUCUGCAAACUGGUUAAAACCCAUCACUUCUAACAGGAAACCCUACGGUUGUCCAACAGAGCAGUCAAAUCUUUCCUUGUGGAUGCCAAAGAAUUACGUUGACAAGUCAAGCAGCACAGCCAGAAACCGGAAACUUCUCACUAGGAACAGUUGGAGUUGUUUAGCACCCGAGGACUAACGACACACUCAUGCACACUGCUGCGGCGUUAGGUUCCAAGCUUGCUGAAGGGGUGCUGAGCCCGCGCCCCUCCCUUUUGAUUUCCAGUGCUUUUUGCUCAUUUCACUGUGAGCUUUCUUCUGAUACUCUGAGACUCCUUUAACCGACUGUCCCGGUGUUUUAGAGUAGAUCAGCUUUUAUCGGCCUUCAGAGAGUCCUUAUUAGCAGUCAGAUUGCAGCCCGGCUGACCCCAGGCAGCCCGCGGCCCCAGGUGCCCCCUUGGCUGGGAUGGAGCACCCAGAGCACAGCUGCACUGCGGGGAACAGAACCAUGGAUCGGCCAAACGGGAACCACCUCCCUUAGAAAUCCAUCCAUCGAGGCUGGGAAUGGAAAUCUGCUCAUUAAUUAAGGCUCGGUAUGUUCAGAUAAUGUUAAAUACAGUAAAUAGGACUUAGUUUAUCUUAUCAGGCUUGCUAGCUUUAGCUCCAGUAUCCUAGUAUAAGAGUCAUACCAAUAAUCAAUAUGCUGCCUUUUAAUGAAUCUUGCUUCCGUGUGCUUCACUCAGUUAUGGUUAAACAAAAGCAAUCCACAACUUCUCACUGUCCACAGCUCCACUCAUCGGCUUCUGCACUCCUCGUCUUCUCAGUACAGGAAAGCAAACGGGGGGACCCUGCGGAACCCUGCGCGUGGUUUGGCACCAGGUCGGGAGGAGCCGGGGGCUGCGUGAUGAGAGCGAUGCACAAGGGCCAUAUUACUUUUUCUUUGGUUUUCUUUUUUCUUUUUUCUUUUUUUUGUUUUUUUGUUUUUGUUUUUUUUUUUUGUUAUGAUGCUGUAAAAUGUAUUUUGAGACGAAGAGAAAGAGAAUCUAAGUGGUUUAUUUUGCUAGAGGAAAAACAAAUAUAUAUAUAUUGUCUUUUCAGAUGUAUAAACUGCAGUUUUGCACUGUAAGAGCGCCCAUCGCCUCGGCAGCGGGGCAGCCCCAUCCAGCAGCCCCGGCAGCAGCGCAGCACUGGGACAGCCCCUGCUCCCAGCUCCGCUCCCCCAGCCCCGCUCAUCCUCCUCCCCUCUCACCAGGGACAGCACAGUUUUGUUCCGCCGGGUCUCCCCGUUUGCUCCAUCCGCGCACACAGCCCAGACCCACCCCACGUCAGUCACAGGAAACGAUAUGAAUGUCGCAGGAGGAGGAAAAACCCUUCUGUUUUCUUUGUUUCAAAGAACGUGAUGUGCCAUUUGUUAAUAUAAAAGAGAAAUAUUGAAAAUAUAUUGAAAAGAGCAAUUUUAAAUUAUUUUUGGCUUAUGUUGCAAUAUUUAUUUUCUUGUAUUAGAAAUUCCUUUGUAGAGAAGAAAAAAAUGUAUUUUUCAUUAAUGCAAAAACCUAUUUCUCCUUUUUGUACAUUUUCCAUGUUAGUUAAUCCUUAAAGCAAUAUAACGUUAUCAGACUCGUUCUGUGUGAGACUGUAUUCUGCAUGCUCUUUGUGUUGCCUUGGAAUAGCUCUGUCCGCCAUUACUUUCAUCCUGUUUAGGUACAGUGUAUGCUUUAAUACACGUUGGGACCAUGGCCCAUUGCUUAUGAGAGAAACAAAACAAAACAAAACAACAGAACCUUUGCAUUCCUCAGUGUGUUGGCAAAUGCAGUCAAUAAAGCAGUGUUUUACGUGUGCGUGCA